CAGAUUCUCACGCGUACAGAGAAAACCAGAACAGGGGAAUUCAAUUACCUCCUGCGAAUGCUUUUUAUUUCCUUCGCUGCUUCAAUUCUUUCUACCCAGGACUAUAAAACCUAGAGAGAGAAAGUAGAGGAGAGAGAGAGCUUCCACAUGGCGGAAAAACCCCAACCAGUUCAAGUCCUGUACUGCCCUGUGUGUUCUCUACCCGCCGAGUACUGUGAAUUCGGACCCGAUUUCGAAAAAUGCAAGCCCUGGUUGAUCAACAACGCCCCCGAACUCUACCCCGAUCUCCUCAAAGGGGCAAUUGGCAAAGAAGCUGACAAGGUUUCAGAACGGCUAAAAUCAGUUGGAAUCUCUUCUGUUGGUCGUGAUAGAGCAGCUCCUUCUGGGGAAUCUUCAUCUAAGCAAGAAGAAGUGAAACGUCUCCCUGGUGGAAAGGUAAAGAAGAAGGACAAGCAAGAAGUUGUUAUUGAAAAGCUGGUACGUAACAAGCGCAAAUGUAUCACCACUGUGAAAGGACUAGACCUCUUUGGGAUCAAACUUAGUGAUGCUUCUAAAAAGCUUGGGAAGAAGUUUGCUUCUGGAGCAUCUAUUGUUAAGGGGCCAACUGAGAAGGAGCAAAUCGACGUUCAAGGAGACAUUGCCUAUGAUAUCGUGGAGUUCAUUACAGAAACCUGGCCCGAUGUCCCAGAAACUGCUAUAUACUUUAUCGAGGGUGGAAAAAAGGUUCCCGCUGUUUAACGGCUUGCAAUAUUUUGGUGAUGAUUUUGAAUAUAUGUCACUCAGUAUCAGCACCCAGAUGAAGCUAUUGCCAUGUUGAAAAUCAUAGAGAGCCUCCUGCUAGCUCCGAUGAUUCUCGUACCCUAAUUACAACUGUUAAAAUUUAAAGAAGCCAUUAUAGUUAUUAGGUUUUCAAAGAGUAAUCUAUAAUCAAGUGAGAUAUCUCUUGCUCUACUGGGCUUAUGUUUGGAUACAGUAUCCUUUUGCAGAGAAAGCUUUAUACAGGUUUUUGCUUUCGAACUAUUUAUUUUAAUGCUUUUUGGAUGAAUUUGUGAUUUCACAUGAAGACACAGCUUAAUCAAGCACCUCAGCUUGCAGAUUUUAUUUUUCAUACAGAAACUGUGAUUGAUGUACUCUUUUGUGAAUCAAUUGCUGCUUUGGUUUAGGCCUUUUCAGUGUAA